AUAGGGCGAUGCGCGAUUGGCAGUUGCUUUGCCCAGGGUAUUGGGAGGCUUCAGUCAGUUAGGGAUCUGUGUUUCAUCACUAUCUAAUGCCCCCAGUGGAUUAUCAGGUAAUGGUAAAGUGGUAAAGUCACACAUGAAUUGUCUUCCUCUGACUUUACUCUGCAAGCUUAACUUUAGGUUGCGAUGUGAAAAGAAGCAGCUGGUGACACCAUGUGGGGAACUGCAUAUGUCUGCACUCUUGAAUUGGCAGGGUUGUUCAUGCAUGAACCUGGCUACCACAGCAGUUAUAUGGACAUUCUAAAUUAGGGUGGGAAUCAGAUGUUUACAGCCCCAUGUUGGGUGCCAAAUUGAAAAUAAAAGAAGAAAUGUCGGUGAAGCUUUGUUUAAACUAGUGAUUAGAGAAUGAGGUUUCAUGAAUCCGCAGGAUGGAUGGAGUUGCAUCAAGCUGUUAGUCGUGCACUUGUUUAAACAAAAGGUGUAGCAAAAGGAAAAGUUGUUGGUUCAAAUCUGUGAGUUACUGAUUGCAUAUUAUAAUUACACCCAUUUUGAGUACAGCACUGCCCAUUUUUGGUUCUCAUCCUCAAUGGAGGUUCUUGAGGAUAAGUUGUCCUGAUGGAUGAUUUGCCGCAAAGUUAAAGUUGUUUUCUAAUCUAUCUUUUGUGCACAUGUUCAGCUUUUUCAAAACAUUUGGUCUUUUAUUUUGCCAGGCACAAUGUUUUCCCAUCAAAUAAUAAUAAACUGUUCAGUCAUGACUGUUACAGAAGUAAUGCAUGGACCCAUUAGUCCAAGUAAUUAAGCAAAGGUGUUGAGUUCUGCCAGUACUUUUGAAAGUCAGUAUCUCCAACUUCUGAACACAUUUGUAUGAGUCAAGCCCCAUUUGACCCCCUACCAAGACUCUUAAAGCAUGUUUUUAUCUAUGAAUCAAGGACACUUUGGUAAGUUACAUUUUCUGGGAUUUCCCCCAGAACAUCUCUGUAGGUCUGGGUAAAAAAUUACACUAGGUGUUCUAGAACUUGUCUGUUUUGCCAGGUGAAACUAACUGUUCAUGAUGGUAUAUGUGGACUAAUUACCUAAGUUUCAGUUUUUGGGCAGCUCAAAUUAGUUCCUUUCAAUUUAAAAAAAAAUCAUUGCCUGUAAAAUUGAGGAGAGCAGUAUCAGGUUCUCAGACAGGGCGUUGCAUCUGAACUGCCUCUUGGUUGAAAUCUAUUAAAUAUAAACCGUUUGGCCACAUUCUUUGCGACUGGAUCAUAGUUAACAACGCGAUUAACAGUUUCACGACUAUACCUCGCGCUUCCCUCUUCGACUACAAAGGCUUGUUCACCGGCGCCCGUUUUCUGAUGAGUACCCGUUAUUGGGGAGGAGCUGUCCCAUGCUGAACCCACCACGCCUCUCCAUCUUUCUUCCUGCUCUUUGGAUCAUAUGGGAGAGAGCAGUGGGAUCUGGAUUUUAAUGAGCGGAGCAGGACUUCAUUAUCAGUCCAGAAAACGAAGGACGAGGUGUUGAUUUGCAGAUACUGAAGAGCGCGAAAUAACCGCGACGGCUAAAUAUGAAAGCGACAGAAUCGCUGUGUGGCGUUUGCUGCGACGACUGACAAGGCGGCGCAAGUGAAAUACCCUUUGCUUUCACAAUGAAGACAGUAUAUGUCCUUCUUGCUGCCACCCCUAGGCUAUAGCCUACUGUAAAUCAGAGGCUAUAGCAGAUUAUGAUUGGUUACCGCGCGGGCAACGAGUAAUCUGGCUAAUGCACAGAAUUCGCCUUUUCUAAGGACAGUCGGACAGGAGGACGAUGCGAUUGAUUGACGUGCUUGGUUCUUCUCUGCGCCUUGAAAGCAACAUUUGUUCGCCCCUGUAGCACUUCACUAUGGAAGGGCAGAGUCACAUAAUUGUUCCUGACGGGAAGAGUAGACACCGGCAUCCAAGAAACCAAAGGUGAAACGCCAAAGCACGGAAUGUCAGAAACUGUGUUUUUUCACGCGGCGGUGGCGAGAUCGACUUCUCUCUAAUGAACUUCUGGUACAUCAACCAUAUGCGAUGGUUCCCAUUGUUCCGCAGAGGGAUACUUCCACAUCUCCAUUUCAGCUGGAUGACAGGCAUUGUAAAAGAUACCAAAGCAUUGAGAUUGUGCGAGAAAUGUUUUCUUGUUGAUGUCUGUGGCUUCCUCUGUAGUACCCAUAAUCUAUUUUUAAUUUACUCUCGUGUACACACAUACACAUGCACAGAUUCCUUUGUGUGUCAGAGCUAAGGCUUCCGGUAUGUUUAUUAUUCCAUGUUGUCUGCCAAAAUAGUUUUUUAAUCCGCAAACCACCAGCUCUGGUUGGCCCUGUCCCCAGAAACAGACUGUAUGUGUUAUGACUUCUGAUGGAUUAGCCUGUUUUGUGAUGGACCAGCUUAUUUCUGAAAUGUACUAUUGCCUGCAUCUGGUUCCAGAGUUUCGCACAACCAACUCCGACAGGUAUAAACUGGUCAUAUUAAAUCUUACUUCUCACACUCUACCAUGAUACACCGUUCACUUGUGAAUGUUUUCCAUUCAUUCAGAAAAAAAAAUCAUGUCUAGUUUGAUUAAAUUGUCGGUUAAUCGAUUACUGUUCUAACAAAUCAAUUGAUUAGAAUGCAUCUCCUGUCCUCAGACUAAGCAUGAAAACAAUUCUAUCAAAAUAUGAAAAAUUAUGAUGAAAAUUCAAGCAAAUUAGAUAAUGUUGUUUGCCAAAUGUUUUUAUCCAAAGAGAUGAGGGUUUUUGUGUAGCGUGUAUCUCCAUCUAUGCCCAUGCCCGUAUCUGUGCACUGAUGCGUGCAAGCUAAUGCGUUUGCAAUCCAGAACCCUCUGGUGCUUGUGUUUGUGUGUGCAUGAGUGCAUGUGCAUCUGUGUGUGUGUGUGUGUGUGCGUCUGUGUCUGUACGCGCGCCUGUGCGUGUGCGUGUGGAUCAGGCGUAUACUGCUCCCUCUCGGCUGCAUGCAGAGCAGAGGCCACGCACCAGGCAGAGGUGCCCGCCUCUUGUGCCCGUGCGUGCCCGUGCGUGCCCGUGCGUGCCCCUGGAGCCGGAGCCGGCUGACCCAGUUCACCGCCUGGCAGCUCGCCUGAGAUUAAAGAUGCCGUAAAGGUGUCAUCUUCUGGGGAGUUGCCCAGGCGGACCGAUGCCUGUGACGGCGGGCGCCCUGCGGAAAGUGAUCUCCCAAACAUGCUGUUCCGAGUCUGCGGUUCCUUUCUCAGAAUUUUGGCAGGCCCGCCCUUCCUCUCCAUUUCACAUCAGCCUUCAAAUGAUCUCCGUGACACUUUCUAGGAAUUGCGUACCUUUAAAGCUAUAUUAACCUUCGUAAGCACUAGGUAACACCUGUAUGAGCGCUACAGAUAUAUUCACAAACGCUUCUAUCCAUAACUGCAAAUGGGCACAUGGUGUGUUACUGAUGGAGCAAGUGACACACCCCAUAUUCCUAUUAGCUGCUAUUCACAUAAGCAUUUUUGAUUGUCUAUGAAGUAUUUAUGAAGGAUUUACAUAGCUUUUUCAGAGGACCAUUCAUAGAAACUGUCACCAAAUACUCCAUGCAUCGCCAGGGCACCAUUCUCCUUCCUCGAGCGAAUCACAGUUGUUUGUUGUCUUACUGCACGCUAAAUAAGUAGUCCUUCUGAUCCAUCUCUCAUGGCAGUUCCGAAGGCCCGGCCCUUAAUUUUGUAGCGCACCUUUUCCUUCAGGGGCCUGUGCUCGGGCUGUGCGCUCACACAAGGAGCUUAAGAGUUUGGAUCUCUCUGAUUGUCUCCACUUCACUUCAUAAAGGGCAGAGAUGGCCGUGUUCAGUUCACCUUUGUUUAAAGGAAACGAGGAAGACACACAAACGGCAUUCGCAAUAAGUCAUGACCGGACUUUUUGCAUAACCCUACAACGGAGGAGCUACACCACCUCACGUGUAAGAUUUGUGUGUGUGUGUGGGUGUGAACAAGGGAGAGACAGACAGAGAGAGGGAGAGAAAGAUACAUUUCUUUUACCCCUCCCAGAAGUGCUGCAUCUGACGCAUUCUCGCCGGGCGCUUUCUGAUGGCACAAAGGCCCUGGCUCCCCGAAAGAAAGGCUGAGCCUCAGGAUGUGCUCACAAUUGCAGCGGAUCGGUUUACCGCCCUUUUGCAGAGCGCAGUCCUGCAUGUGAGCAGAAAGGCGUGAGAAACGGAGGUGGGAAAGGACAGCGGAGGAGCUGGGGCUGAAAGCAGGGCGUGAUCGCACCAGGCUGCGAGGAAGAAGGAGCGCACAGUAGCCACUCUCCAUCACUAGACAUUUAACUUAUUUUGUGUUCACCGUGUGGGUUCCUGGCUUGGAUUCAUUCUUGAAAGGUCACAGACUAACUUGGCCACCCUGCCAGAUACAGCCUGGAGCCGGAGGGUUGGGUUUUGUGCGGGCGGGUGUGAUCCCACUUGCUUUGCACAGCGCUGGGAUCUAGGCUCUUGUUCAUCGUCAACCCGUGCCAACGCAAAGAGGGAGCUUUUGACGUCAGCCGGAGUGGUGGCGGGGAGCAGACGCCAUGUGGAGGGUGAUCCCCUGUGGGAGGAUGAAAAUGCGACGGCACAAAGUGUUCUUGUUUUGCACAGUGGGCCUGUGCGUCAUCUCCUUCCUGCACUACUACAAGGCCCUGCACUACGUCUCCCUGCUGAGGGAACUCUCUGCCCCCUAUCCCAAGAUCAAAUCCUUCAUCAUGGUGGCUGGUAUGUUCUGGAAGGAGAGGACCACCCCACUAUCUAGUGCCCUACUGGAAGGGGGUCCAGCCCUAGCCAUGAGGCUGUCUGAUAAUGAGGCACAAGACAGCAUGGAGCUGGACAGGGAGAUGGACAAGGAUUUGAUUGCCUGGUAUCCCAGCCCUCGCGAUGGAGUACGGCCCAAUUACCAAAACAGGAAGGAUGCAGCAGUGAGGAAGAGUCCUCAGAUGUUCGCUCUCCCAGACCCCAUGGGGACACUAAGGGACCUCCACCGGCACAGCUUCCAGCUCCACGAUGACACCACACCCUACUUUGUGCGCACCAAAGCUGGAGCCCUGUGUUUCAGGCAGGGGACAGAGAUGGCCACCCCGAAGGACAGUGUAGUGAGAGAAGGUGCAAGGUUAGCAGGCCAGCGCAGGAUCUUACAGCACCAGAACACCGCCCACUCGCCUCGGGCUAGGCCCCAGCGGGGCAGGAGACUGGUGAGGUGCGUUUGCCGACAGGGCUGGCAUGGCCCUUACUGUGGCAUCCCCACCAUGGUGCAGCACUCCAAUUUGCCCACUAAGGACAGGCUGACCCCCAGGGAGGUGCCCCGCAGGGUUAUCAAUGCUAUCAAUGUCAACCACGAGUUCGACCUCCUCCACGCCCGUUUUCAUGAGCUGGCCCAAGCCGUGGACCUCUUCCUUGUGUGUGAGUCCAACUUCACAGCUUAUGGCGAGUCCCGAUCACUGCAAUUCCUCCAGCUCCUCCUUAACGGGACCUAUGACUAUGUGCAGCACAAGAUACUUUAUGUACUCCUAGAUCACUUCCCUGAGGGUGGACGGCAGGAUGGCUGGAUUGCUGAUGACUACCUGCGCACCUUUCUGACUCGCAAUGGGAUGUCCCGGGCGCGAGGGGUACGGCCCGAUGACAUCUUCAUCAUCAAUGAUGCUGAUGAGAUCCCUGCCCAAGAGGGGGUCCUCUUCCUCAAGCUUUUCAAUGGCUGGACAGAGCCUUUUGCCAUUCACAUGCGCAAGUCCCUCUAUGGAUUCUUCUGGAAGCAGCUGGGCUCCCUGGAGGUGGUGUCCGGGUGCACGGUGGGCAUGCUGAAUGCUGUCUAUGAAAAUGAUGGUAUCAAGCUGCGAAGGAGGGAGUACUAUACCAUGCCAGGCUUCCGACGGUAUGAGAAUGACACGGGUCACAUCCUGGUGCAAUGGUCCAUCGGAAGCCCCUUCCACUUUGCCGGCUGGCACUGCUCCUGGUGUUUCAGGCCUGAGGGUAUCCACCUCAAGCUCAUCUCAGCCCAGAAUGGGGACUUCCCCCGCUGGGGGGACUAUGAGGACAAACGUGACAUUAACUAUAUUAAGCAGCUGAUCCGGACUGGCGGUUGGUUCGACGGGUCAGUGCAGGAGUACCCCCCAUCAGACCCUAAGGAGCACAUGUAUGCCCCCAAGUACCUGCUGGAUAACUUUGAGCGCUACUGUUAUAUGCUGGAGAACCCCUACAGCUAAGAGAAUAGGGUAGAGUAGGGUAGUAUUAUCCACAGGAGGUGAUGGGUAUUGUAAAGGGAUGCAUUUCUGGAAGUCCCACAAGUUGAAGGGGAAAAGAUAAUCGUCUUUAUCAGCCCCUCAAUUAAUUUCCUCCCUGAAUCCCAUUCCUCCUUUCAACAGGAGCCCGGGGUGCUAUAGGCUAUGGGGGUGUAGUGGUGCUUUGGUUGGAAGUGAGGGAGGGACUGGGGAAGUUGACAGCAAAUGGUUCAGUGAGAAGCUUGGGUUAAAUCCUGUGGGGACCAGAUGGGUCAUUUCCGUAUUUGGUGUCAUAGUGUCCUACAUCAUUGACCCAUUCCAGGAUGACAUCAUAGCCACUCCCUCAUGUUUGAUCUGCUUCCAGUCUUCUCCUAUCUCUGCCUGUACUCAGUUGUGAGUUAAAAGUGUGGUCUAAAGCAGUAUCUGAAUUCUAAAUUCUUGACUGGUGACAAACAUAAAAAUGAAAAUACAACAUAAUAUCUUUAGGUGAUUCUUGCUUGCCACAGCUGGGUGUCCUUUUUGAGAGCUUUCUUACUUGACCCUCGUGUUAUGUAGACCCAGGGAUCAGGGGAAAUGUUCAUUUUUAACUAGCCUGGUAAUGUCAGGAUUGCCUGUGGUGACAAACAGUCAACUGAUGCGUGGAGGCUAGUCGUGGUAUCAGUAGUAGCUUCAAGGCAAGGAUACUCAAAGAGAAUAAGGGACCUGAAACAAGGCUGCCCUAUUCUCAGAUGUCAUGGUGUAUGUAGCACUAUGCAGAGCAGGACAAAAGGACAGGGAAGCACAAAGGCAAAUGGAGGCAGUGUGAAUCAGCAAGGGCAGGUCAUGAAGACACACAUACCUGUGUUUGUGAGAAUGCAGAAAACAUCAGGCUUCAGCAGACCUGAACCACCAACUAGGAACGACCCUGGGGGCACUGCAAGAAAAGGAGUGGGGUUGAACACGGAAAACAAAAAACUACCCAAGUUUUUUUUAAAUACUCCCCUUAAAGACCUCUCAGAAUGGUACCCCCCCUCAGAGAUCAUGCAUUUUCGCCUGUCCUUUUCCCAAGGCUGUGAGAAAAAGCAUAUUUACAUUACAGUAGCAGAAAAUAGGGUCCCUCGUUGGAAAGUGUCUCGUGACAAUAUAACCGCCUCUUCCCAGCUGGCAGAUGAUUGCACUGAAACACCUCGUCACUCCAGAGGGCAGAGAGUCGACAGCAUGGACUCUCCCACAGGGCACUCUGGCUCUUUUUAUAGUGUGCCCUGUGAUGGUGACAUCCUCCCUGGAAGCUGCAGUGAAGAUCACACUGAGCUUGAGCCUUAAAGCCUGUUUGUGUGCUCCUAAUAUGAGCCUCUUCAAAUAUCACCAUUUGGCAGUGCUUUAGAAAGGACAUUUCAAAAUAAAAUUACUUCAUGGGCUUCAUGGGCACAAACCACUAUUUUUAUCAUUGCUAUAGCAAAUCCUCGACCAGGGGGCUUUUUAAAACCAAAACAGAAAGAGAGUGAGCAGAGAAAAGAGGGAAACUGCUGUCACACAUGAUGGCUUUCUUAACUUCUUCUGUCCUUGUGAUGAGAAUAUGGUUUGAAUAAUAAGAGAACUUCGGCCAACCACAUGAAAAUCCUGACUCUAAAAAUGAGGAAGGAACAUGUCACGUUUUGUGUUAGAAUCUGAGAAUCAAAAAAAAAAUGAGAUAAAACAUAACAGAGUGGGAAUAUCUACAUGUCAGCUGUUACUCAUAAAUGGAACAUAAUGAGCUGUCACACUGUACAUCAGUGCAGGCAAUGUGUGGGACCAGUUUUACCAGCAUUAAUAAAUAAAUAUGAAUGCCAAAGACUUUUAACAGACUGACAGUAAUGACAUGUAAUGACUGAUUAUUUUCUUAUGCUUUGAUCAAGGAUUCAUCAGUUCAUUAAAUACAUAUUAAGUACAGCACACAGUUUUCUAUAUUAGGCCUAAUUCUUUUCAUUACUGGGAUUAUGCCCAAUUUUAUUCCAUAAUCCGAAUGGUUGACAUUAAAAAAUAAAUAAAUAUAGCGUCCACUGUGAAUGUUGUUCUCAUAUUUAGUAAAUUCAUUUCAGUGUAGUACACUAAGUUCUAAGUUCUAUAAUAACCUGAGGUAUCUACAGAACCUUUUCAAAAGACCAAAUCUGUGACAUUCUGUAGUGAUAAAUACAGAGCAUGCAGUAAAGCAAGUACAGCAGGCUAAAGGCCAGACCAGUAAUGCAAUACAAUGCUUUUCCAUGUUGCAGGGAUUGUUAAAAACAUGUAGAAGGUAGAAACCAAUCUAAUAGGCCUAUAUGGUGCACUGCAUCUCUAUAGCAAACACACAAGGAGCAAAAAGUCUAAGUAAAUGGUGAUUAUUAAAAAAUAAUGCACUCAGAUGAUUCACUGAAACAUUGGCAGUACUACUAAUUUUCAAAGGUUCCAUUCAAAGUUCACAUCAGCCAAUACAUUUUGUUAAUUAAAAAUGUAAAACCUGAAAACUGUCUUUAUUAGACUAGCCUCAAAAAAUUAUGCAGUAAUAAAAUGACAACUAAAAUACUGGAAGAGUCAAUGUAAUCAAAGAGGGUUUUUACUUUUUGGAAAAAAGAGGUGUGAUAUCAGUGCUGGUAGAGGCUCAAUUAUCUGCCAGUGGGAACAAGAUUGUCACUUUGAGAACAAGAUUUUAAUUGUGUAUUUUUCCCACAUCUAUGGUUAUUUGUUCUCACUCUGUAAUGUGGUACUGAGAAAUCAUUUGUUCUUUGCAGUGAAAUGAAUUCUACAACUUAAAUUACAUGUACAAAAUGCCUUUAAGCACUUUGGCUGUUGCAAAACUCAGCGUUUCCUACAGCCUUAUGAAACAAAACCAAUGAGAUGGAGGGAGGGACAGAGAACGGUAAGGAAAAGUGGGUCUGUGGACAAUCCUGUACAGUUUUCUUUAUGUGUUGUCUCUGUCACUUAUACUAUAAAUAUGGUUGUUCUUUUUUUUUGCUACGUCAUUGUUUAUGUCAAUGUUCUAAUUUAUUGUUUUGUUCCUGGAUUGGAUAGAUAGAUUAGAUGGAAAGUGAAAUUUUUGAACAAAUAUUCAGCCUGUGGAGGACAAGGAUUCACAAAAUUGGAGGGCUGUGUCAAUUUGCAAAAAAAAAAUAAUUUUUUUUGGGUUCAGGGGUUAGUCCACACGUUGGUUCAAUGUACAACUUAUUCAAUCAUAACUUAACAGAACUUUAAGGUUAAGGGAAAACUAACUACUGUACUUGAUUAUAAUGCCCUUUCCAUCAACCUCAAUUUAUACACUUUAUACUAAUACAAUCAUUUUCUAUUUGUGCAUUUAGCUAUGUUCUUUUUAGAAAUGUAUGCAUCCAUAUGUAGUUUUCCACUUCUAUUAUUUUAUUUAUCACAUUUUAACUGUCUGUAUCUGACCCAAAAACACUCAUUUUUUACAAGUGUGUACAUGGUAACGCCGAGUCAUUUUUGGAUUUAACAUUUAUCUACAAAGUGUGAUUAAAACAGUCCAAGAAGAGCACGCUUGUUUCCUCUGUGAAAACACUGCAUUUAAACCACAGAAGACUUGUGCUGUGCAAGAACAUGAAUUUGCCUCUAUUGUCUGGCAUUCUAGACCAGACAAAGAGGGGUUCACAAAAGUAGCGUCUGUUGAGUUGGUACAGUAAUUGGGCAUUUUGUGAAAGCACAGCUAUUCAUCCUGGCAGAAACAAAAAUGUGAUUCAUACGACAUUUGAAUGAAAACAAAGCAGUUGCUUUUAAUGGGUUUAUUUAAAGAACUGGCACAGCGUGGCAUCAUUUUUAUUUAUUUUUUUUAACCCAUGCUGGAAUGUCAGAGACUUCAAGUACAUUUUGUUUCUGCCUGAAUGCCAAUGCUGCACUGCCCCCAGAUCACAUCCAACUCAGUGGCCUCCUGAUUCUUUGCUCCACAGGCAGCAAUAAUUUGUUUUUUGGUUUGUUUGCGUUUUGGUGGGGGGGGGGGCGUCGAGAGGGGUCACUGAACCAUGGAAAGACAUUUUUAUAGAAACAGCAACACCGAUAACAAUGGUUGCAAAAGUUGUGUUUUUCUGUUGCCUCUGUGUAAGUAAUUUGUGUUAACAUAAAUCUAAAACUACGUCCACAUGGGUUAGUUUCAAAUCGCACUGACAAGCUCCAUGGUACAGCUAUUGUAGCCUAUUUACGAAAUUCAGCCUUGCGUUUAAUACCCAUUGCCUCGAACUAUGAGGACUGCUAUAAUCCAUUAAAGAUCCAGUUACACCACAACGCCACUUGUUAGACCACCACAAGGCGUACGUUCAAUGCUAACGGUGGUCGUCGACCGGUUUUAAUUAAAUUUGGCCACUAACAAAUUUUAAAUAAAGACACGAAACUAAUGGUCGUUUUGCUGCAGCUUCCGUGAUAUUCGAAUACUUCAGAUAACUAAUAAACACAUACAGCUACAGAACCGGCCUUAAUCAUAAUUUUACAUGGAAUGAUAGCGAGUUAAGCCAGCUAGCUAACUAACUCAAAUACACUCUUGCAGUUUUUUUAUUUAUUUACAGUUUGAUAUUAUUGAUACACUAGACAUUAUCUAGCAAGAGAAAACUAAAUAUGAUAAUUAUCCACUUAUCAGAAAAACUUAAAACAUUGUGACAUUCAAGUAUGACAGUAUAUGCCAACCAACUUAGGCCUACUUGUCUCGAAGCAUUUCCCGGCUAGAUGUGCAUACGUUGCUCUUUUGGCUGCCAUUUCUGUUAGCCGCGCACAGCAUUGACGAAUGUUUAAAGGAACCAGAGCUGUUCGCUGAACUUGAACGCACCUCAGGUUAACGGGAAAAAUAUGAAUCUGUUGGCAAACUUUGGCUAACAUUUCCCGGUUGGACACGGACGUAUUUGGCUGACGUCACAAAUUUUUUUUUUUUUUUUUUAAACAAUUUCUGGUGUUACUUCGUGUUGGUGGUAUUUUAUAGGGAUCCGUCAGUCAAGGAAAGGUUUCAAAAAGGGUACAUUUAGUUUGUCACGUGCUUUCCCAAGAAUAUUAAAUAUUAUCCUACAGAAAAUAGGUGUUCUCAACAAUAACUAUAGUUUUAUGUGUUGUUUAUGUGUGAAAUACUAAAUACAGUCCUAGUUUGUUGCUUGUUCUGCUAGAUAGCAGUAAACAGCAGUAACUUAGCAAUUAGAUGGGUAGCUCAAAGCUGUCAACACUGCCACAUGCAUGUAGUUAGCUAAAAUCAGCGUCUCUGCUUCUCUCUCACUGUCUUUAGUUUUAUAAUACCCCUCUUUCUGUCUAUCCACUGUUAUUAUCAUCGUUUUCUCCAGCACCCUCCAUAUCUGUCUGUGUUGUCGUUAAACCUAACACAACCCCCCAACCCCCCGUUUUCUGUCUGUGUCCUGUCCUUUUCUGUGUCUCUGGGCCUGUGUCAGAGAUUGGCCAUCACAGUUAUUGUGCAAUCCCUCUAGGGGGAGCUGUUGGGUCCCUCUAGAAGUACGCAACAGCGGGGACAGAAAGAGGCCAAGACGUCCUUCCGCUGGAGUGUCCUCCCCUGGACCAGAGCUUUAAUUGUGCAGCAGUGGCUGAAAACCCAGUCGGGCAGCUUCACCCAGAGGCCCUCAAAUUGGCGGCAGGAAGAGCUUUUCAUUAUAGGAGUUGACCUCAAACACUCUGGAUGCUCCUGUUUUUGUACUUUGAGGGCACAAACACCAGCAAGACUAUAGCUGAGCAUACCAAAUUAACAGCAGUCCGCAGUCCUAUAAUUCCUACUGUGCCUGAGCAAGGAUGACCUGGCCACCGGCCUGGAGCACCACUAUGCCCGCUGGCUUACAUCUGGCCAGUCUCAGCCAUCAACUGGUGCUUUUGACUGACCCACUGUCAGCCCUCUUCCCAUUUCAGAGGGUAUUGGUAAUUUAAAGAGAUCUGAAAAACACUUAUUGGAUGGCUGCCCUCCAUUAACCCUUGUGUUCUGUUUACUUAUUAGCACCUGUGAAACUAUAAGCUGAGUCAAAUAGACCCUGGACAUAUUUGGAAUGUUAAAGCAAUAGAGAAAUAAAAUUACUCAUUAUGUAUGAAAAUGCUCAAUAAACAUGAUCUUGUUCUCAAUUCCAAACAAUAUAUGCAAUAUAUAUGGUCAAUGGUUGUCAUUUACCUCUGCUGGACCACAUUUAACAAUAAAAGCAUUUUUUGUGAAGAUGUGAUUUAUAUAAAAAUCCACUAUAAUGAAGGCAUGGAGGCAUAAACCAUGUUUAUCUGUGAAAAAUUACACUUAAACAAGGUUCUCAUCCCAUAGAUUAAUGAUGUUUAUGCUCUUGAACUGACAUUCUCAUAUCUUUUUCAUGUUUGUCCUAUUAUAUCCAAAGAAACCAUAUUGGAAAAAGAUGUAAUGCAAAUAAUCCAGAUGAUGGACAACAAAUAGAAACACACAACAAGAACGAAAUUUACAUUUAGUCACUGGUUAUGAAAUACAUCUCCCAAAAGUGUCUUUCCUUUUUUACAAAGUUUAACAUGGGCAAAUUUGACCCAAACCGAACACCAGGGUUAAAAGACACUAAAAGACAAACUGAACCAUCUGCUACCUUGUGCACAGAGGUACAAGUCAGCGUGCAUCUUUCUGAGUGUUGGGGUGAUGCAUUGUGGUAUACCGUCUGUCAGUUUUUAACAAUUGUUGUGCGCCUGUUUUUUUUUAAUGGCCAAUAAAUAAAUAAUAAA